AUCGACGCACACAAUAACAACACAGGAUCAACCCAAGCAUACAGUCUGUGGUCCAGCCCCUGACGGAAAUAAUGCCUUUAAUGUAAAGUCCAGAAUAUCUAAUGGUUCAAAUGUUGCCUAAUUUAUGCACUGCUAUAACGCCGCACUUAAUUGAACAUUUAUUUUGAACGAGUUCGUCGGUUUAUUUCGCAGAUUCCGCAUUAGCUAACCUAACCUAGCUAAGCUAAUACUGCUGUGGAUUGAAUGAUAAGAGAUCUUCAGUUCUCCCAGAGUGCUUUAGUGCUGUGUUUUGACACGCCUCGGCUACGUUUCCUCAAUGACUAACUUUUAGGAAGUGUCAAGGCAAUUUCAAAAAUAAAACAGAAACAAUGGACAAGCUUCGUCGUGUGUUAAGUGGAAGGGAAGACAAUGAAGAACUGGGGCUAACAGCGCAGGUCCUGGAUGCCUCUACGCUCAGCUUCAGCACAAGGAUUAAGUGGUUUGUGAUAUGCUUCGCCGCUGGGAUCCUGUGCUCCAUCUUUGGCACUGCAAUGCUCUUUGUGAACAUAACACUGUUUGCAAUAUUCUACACCUUAGGGAACAUCGCAGCUCUGGCCAGCACCUGUUUCCUGAUGGGCCCACUGAAACAGCUGAAGCGCAUGUUUGAGCCAACCAGACUCAUAGCCACCUGCUUAGUACUGCUCUUUCUUAUUCUGACAUUAUGUUCAGCCCUUUGGUGGCAUAAAAAGGCCCUGGCCAUCAUCUUCUGCAUUUUACAGUUCUUGGCAAUGACUUGGUACAGCAUUUCAUACAUUCCUUUUGCAAGCUUUUUCCUGUCUGUAUCCAGUCUAAAUGAUGCUCCUUGGCAGGGAUGCAGUUAUAAAGUGCUUCACCACCUGUCUGAGCUAAAGAUGCCUCCCUCAGCACUUAAUGUGAUGUCCUGUUGUAUGUAAGCCAACAGUAAAUAUGUAAAAUAUUUUAUUCUGAAGACUUCUCUUUAUUGAGCUCACUUUUCUGCCUGACCCUAGUACACCUUCUCAUCUGUUAUACUAAUGAUUUCACAAAAAAAAGUUAUUGUAAGUGCUGUAUAUUUUUGCCUUUUAAUAUAAAGAAAAAUGCUCAUUUCAUUUUGUUUGCAGCUUCUUUUUUCAUAGUGUGUAUGCUUUAGUGAGUGAAAAAAAACAGGAAUUAAAUUAAUACUGUUUUUCAUGGUUAAAAAGCUAAUUGAAAAUGUAUAAUGAGUGACUUAGCGAGUUUUCAUGUGCAUUAUUGUGCUGUCUUAAUUUCCACAUUUUAUAUUUGUAAACUGACCCCAGUAAUGCCUUUUUACAGAAUACUUAGGAUUUACACAAGAAAUUGUUUAAUAAAAUACUGCACUUCAUCUAGUAAACUUAAUAAUUGUCAAUCC